AUGGCCGUGCGACUGUUUGAGGACCAGCAGCACGCGGCCGAAUACCUCCAGCACCGAGUGAGGCCCGAUGAGGUGGUGGCCCAGAUCAUGGGCCAGCUCCAGGAGAAGUGUCCGGCUGAGGAUCUCCCCAUGGACGGAGGCUCGGUGGACUUGCUGACCUCCAUGACGGCGGCGCACUGGUUCGACCGGCCGCGGUUUCUGCUGGAGGUGGACCGCGUGCUGAAGCCUGGGGGGUGUGUGGCCCUGCUCUCUUACGGCAUGGACAUGGAGCUGGAGCAUGGAGACUUUUUCACCGCUUUGAUCCCGUUCCGAAACCCUCACCUCGGCACCAGCUCCAUACAGAUCUACAAAGACAUGUACGCCCUCUGCUCCUACCCGGAAAAACUAUGGUACGAAGGUUUGCAGGUGCGCAGGGACAUCACGGUGAGCGGGUUCAUCGGCCUGGUGCAGACCUUUACCGCCUUUCGCAAAUAUCUAGAGACCGACCCACGAGAGGCCGAGGAACUGUGCAGGCGUAUACGCAACAAGCUACUGGACGCCCUGCAGGUGUCCAUCCCCGACGCUGACGUCACCAUGGUUACCAAGUACUUCUACUGGAUUGCACGAAAACCCCAAGAGGAUAAGGAUAAUUCAUAA